GACAGACAGCUGGGCGCCCUGCAUCUGGAGGCCGCCGGGGCUGCGAGGCUUCCCGCUCCAAAGAGGGCGUCCCAGAAGCCCGGCGACAGGGCCGACGCCUUCCCGGGCGUGGGCAGGCCGCAGGACGCCGCCGCAGGCGGCACCGGGCUGGGCCCCAGCGCCGGCUGGGGCGCGGCCAACGCGCAGCUGGGGGCCGCCGGCGCGGAGCAGGCGCCGCAGCCCGCCGCCGCGCCGGCGGCGAGGCCGAACGCGGCGGACGCCAGGGGGUGGACGCGGACGCCGAAGGGGGCGGACGCGGCGGACGCCAGGGGCUGGGCGCAGGCCGCGCCGUUCCAGACGCACGGGAAGGGUUUCGACCCGACGGUGAAGGGCGCCGGCAAGGGGAAAGGUGCUGCCCUCCCCGCCGCCAGCGUGGCCGCCGCCGCUGGCGCCGCGGAGCCGCUGGACGCCGCCUCGCCGCUGCACCGGAACACGAAGGGCAACGCCUACGUACCCCCGCACCUGCGGAAUCGCCCCGCGGCGCAGGGUGCCCAAGACGCUCCGAAGAAGGAGGAGCCGAAGAAGGAGGAGGAGGCCAAGCCGCUUGAGGCCGCAGAGUUCCCCAGCCUCGUCUCCGCGGUCGCCCCGAAGAAGGCGGCGAAGGCAAAGGCCGGCCCCGUCGUUGCCAAGGAGGCGGACCCGGAGCUGGCGCCGCCCGCGCAGGAGAAGCGAGAGGAGAGGAAGGAGCCGAUCCUGAAGGGCACCGCCUGGGGCAAGGACGCCGCCAAGGAGCGGGAGGAGGCGGCGAAGAGGAAGAAGGAGGAGGACGCCAGGGCCGCACAGGAGGCCGCCGAGGCGGCGGCCCGCAGGGCGGCUCAGGAGGAGGAGGAGGAGGCGGCGGAGCUUCCUGGCCCGGCGGCCCAGCCGGCGGCCGCCAAGUCGGCGGAGCCCACCGAGUCCCUCGAGGAGGGGCCCAAGGCGCACGGGCGCUGUGGCCGCGCAGGGGGCCAGUCUCCGGCCUCGGGGGCAGCAGGGGCGCAGCCCGUGCUCGAGGAGUCGGUCGAGCGGCCGCGGCUCGAGCACCAGGACUCGGUGGUGUCGCAGGACACGGACGGCUCCGGCGCCCCCACGACGAACGCUGCGGCGCUGCGCCUGCUUCCCGCGCGCGGUGGCGGCCCAUGCCACGCGGUGCGCGUGUGGUUCCCGCCAGAGGAUCCGGAAGCCCCGCUGGAGCCCACCGCCGCCGCGGGCUUGCUCGCGUGCGCGCGCGGGCACCGCGGGGGCUCUGCCGCGGCCGCCCCGGACCCCCGCGCGCGUGCUGCGGCUGCGAGCAAGGUGUCGCAUCGUUUGCAGAGGCGGCCGAUCGUCUGCGGGCGCGGCCAGAACGCGCCCGACAUGAACGGCUUCUCGAUCUUCGACGGCGUGGGAGAGGCAGAGCGAGCAGAGAUUCUGGGCCUGGCGCUGCAGGACGCCGGCGGCCAGCGAGCGAUUGGAUCCAUGGUCGGCAUGGCCGUCGCGGACGGUGUAGGACAUAUGUUCGAGUUCCUGCCCGUCGGUGAGAGCGGGCACGUCUUCGACAUGGAACGGCUCGUGUGCACUGGGCCUUACAACCGGUUCCGCCUGAAGCCGGGCCAGUGGACGGAUGACACCUCGAUGGGCCUGUGCCUCGCGGAUUCCCUGCUCGUGUGUGGCGAGUACAACGGCUCGGACGUCCGUAAGCGCUUCUGGAACUGGUGGUUCCGCGGCUACAACAAUGCCUUCCGGCUCGAGGAGGGCAGAUGCGACUCGGUCGGGCUUGGCGGGAACAUCAAGUCCUCGCUCUCCCGCAUGUCCCCGGAGCCCCCACCACGUUUCGACGAGUUCGGGGGCAAACAGGACCAGGACGCGGGCAACGGCUCGCUGAUGCGCCUGAGCCCCGUGCCCAUCUUCUUCCACCACGACCCAGCGCUCGCCGCCCGCGUCAGCUCGGAGUCCUCCCUGACGACGCACCCAGGCCCGAUCGCGGCGGACGCGUGCUCCUUCCUGGGCUUUGCCAUCGCCAGGGCGAUAAGGAGAGGCCGAAGGACGACAGCGCGAGUGCGGCCCAGUUCCUGGACGAGUGUUGCGAGGCCUACCAGGCCCUGCCCAGUGCGCAGGGCCAGGUGA